CACGUUUAGUCUUCGACUGUACCUGCAAUCUUUACUCUCUCUCUCUCUCUCUCUCUCUUUCUCUCUCCCUCCCUCCUCUGCUUGUUGUGAAAGCUUCCGGAGCGCUGUAAUACAAUCUCGUUCGCUCAAGCAAUCUCGCUUUCGAAUUGGGUUUUCUGCACUGGGAUUAGAUUAAGGAAAAGGUGUUGGAGAUCCGUAGAUUUGUAUUGUGGGUAAAGCCAGAACAGCAUGCGGUGGUGGUUGAGUCUCUCUGUUGAUGUUAUUCGUAAAGUCAUCUCUUUGAACCUUUACUGCAGAGUAAUUCUGUAAUUCUUCGUUUUACUAAGCAGUGAAUAUUCAAAUUCUUGAAAACCCUUCAAUUUUCUUACCAUUUUCCUGAAUAUUUUCCAUGGGAUCCACUUUUUUCAUCGUCGUUCCUUGUUAUGUUCGUCAGAUUAGUUGAUUUGAAUCCGAAAAGCCUAAAUCUUUAGCUGAAAUUCUGAUUAGAAUCCAUCUCAUUUGCUUGUAUUUGGUUAAUUUAGGUUAAAUUCAUCUACUCUUAUCGUGUUUUCUCCAUUUGGUACUAGUUGAUCAGCCUUCACUCUUUCGAAUUCCGGGUUCACCUUCGUGUCAAUCAAUCAGCUCAGACUUUCUCAGAUUUGAUUUGAGAUUUAGUGUAUUACCCUCUGUUGCAAUUGUUGUUGUUUGGAAGUUGUCAUUCCAAAAAAAUUCAAGGGCCGGGAAGUUGUUUAGUUAUGGUGUGCCAAGCAGCGAGCCAAACAAGAUUUCGGGCAUUGAAACACGAAAAUGGGAUUGAUGGGAGCGCCACCAUAAUUGUUAGAGUAAUAGCAUGCUUUCAACCUCUCCAGGAUUGCCAGGCUGAAUAUUUUCGACAUUUGCUGAAACCCGUAACGUAGGAAGAUUGCUGUAUAUCGUGUUGAAGUUGAGCUGGAUUUUUUAGUUUAUUUCUUUCUUGCUGAAAGUGAGACAUAAAUCAACUAUUUCUAGUUGUACAUACGUCCUUCUGGUAGUUGUUUUGGUUGGAUGGGUGAGAAUUUUGGAACCUGGAUUCCUCAGCAGCAUCUUGGCUGGCAACCACCCGAUCCGAAUGCCAUUGGUGCUCCAAUUGGCUUGGGGCAACAAAACUUUGUUUCUGCAUAUGGGAAACUAGGCACUAAUAUCCUAUCGAUAAAUGGUACCAUGCCACCAUAUGCAUCUUCCGAGUUGCCUCAUCCACAAGUCGGCAGACCAAAUGAACCUCACGGUUGGUUCUAUUGCUUACCCUGUAUCAGACAGGCUGUCAUGCCUGCCACCGAUAAUGGUCUCAAAGAGAGAGUUUCUUCUGCCCGUCAUGGAAUUCCUGGGGAGACAUUUGUGCCGAAUGCAGACGGUGCCUUUGAACAGAAGAGACUCCUUGUUAACAAUCCUUGUGGGGAUCAGACAACUUUGAUCUUUAGUUCUGGGAUGGUGAAUCCCAUGCAGUGCCGUACUUCUUGGAAUCCGUUCCAACAAGGAGCUUAUUAUUUGGAUGGGGAUGAUCCUCGAAAUGAAAGAGAUUUUAAAAAUUUAUCGGGAGCAGCUUUGACUGAUGAAUUCAAAGGAAGUGAUGAAAAUGGUGCUGAAAGUGAGAUGCAUGAAGACACCGAAGAACUGAAUGCCUUGCUCUACUCAGAUGGUGAUAGCGAUUAUACCGAGGACGAUGAAGUUACUAGCACAGGCCAUUCCCCUAGUACAAUGACAGUUCAUGACAAGCAAAAUUGGUUUGAAGAAGUUGCUAGUUCUGAUGGAAUGGAUAAAAAGCGGAAGCUAUUUGAUGAACGUUAUGAUCAUGUACCAUCUGUCAUGGACACUGCGAGUUCCAUGAAACACAACCGACCUCUGGAGUUGGAGGAUGAUGCGGAAUCCAGUUGUGCCUGCAACAGAAGUUCUGGAUUAAGAGAAGUGGAUUCCUUUACCAGCAACAAGAAGAUGAGAAAGGAAAAAAUCCGUGAAACCAUUAACAUUCUGCAGAACAUAAUUCCCGAUGGCAAGGGAAAGGAUGCGAUGGUGGUGCUGGAUGAAGCAAUCCACUACUUAAAGUCGUUGAAGCUCAAGGCCAAGGCUUUGGGACUCGACUCUCUCUGAGCUUCAAUACGUCACUCACUUCCAGCAGUGCUUCCAGUAAGCACUUUGUAUUACUCGUCAUUGGUUCUUGUCAAUUAGUAAUAUAGUUUAAAGUGAUUAUGGAGAAUAAGUCCUGUGUACAUGUGCUGCUUGCGGAUGCGGCACGACAUGAAAUAGGUUCCGGCUAGGGUGGCGAAAGCGGGAGCGGCCCGGGAGAGGAAGAAUGGAGCUCCAAACCCUCUUGAUGAAGCAUUUGUUCAAUGAUUGAAAUGGUUAAUGAUUUGUUUAUAGGGUUAAGAGAAAGUGACAAGCGCACCUGGGAGAAAGAGAGCAUGGCAUGUAUUGGCAUGGGGUGAAUUCAAAGAGAAGGAGGAGAGGGGCCCCACCAAAAGAGAUGAAGAGUGCACGCCCCUUGUGUUUUUUGGGUCCCAACACUUGACUUUCCUCUCACUUUUGUGUUUACUUGUCAUCUCUCUCUGUGUACAACUUUGCACGGCAAGAAGGCCUUCUCCGGCUCCAUCAUGCUGCCAGCUUGCCACAAGGGGUCCCAAAACCAACUAUUCUCUGUUGUGCAGAAACAAAAGAUUCAAUCCGUGACAGCCAAGUGAGCAGAGGGAAACCCACAUGGGGUUUUCAGUGAGCAAAGAGUAGUUACUGUUUACUGUGACUCGAUGGUGAAAAGACAGAUUUACCCCAUGAGCUGAUGGGGUUACGUUGCGGCAGCUAAGAGACUGACCGCAAUUGGUUUUGACUUUCUUUCGGUUAGUUUAUUACGAGAUCGCUUCACACCUCGUGGUGCUUACACCUCUCGCCUAUCGAAGUGUGUUUCUAGACUCUAGUGAUGUUAUUACUGUGGUUAAUUUCAGCGUGGUUUUUUUUUUGGGGGGGGGGAGAUAUGUAAAAUUAUGUGUGUUUGGAGUUGCUGUUGUCCCGAUGUCUAUGUACUUACGUCGCGUGCAAGCAUUUACACGCAUUUAUGAUACGAGACAGCGAUGUGUUUCAAUAGUUGUGUGUUGUGAAACAUGUGAUUGUGAUUCCCCUUGGUUUUUGUUGUAUGAGAUAUUGUUUUGUCGCUGAAAUUAGAAAUAUUUUCUUGCA